AUGAAUGUAACAACAAGUGAAGAUGAAGCUGGUGAAAUGUCAUGUCUGCUAAUUUGUUUGUUUGACGAUACUGGCGCUGCACAUACAUCUAAAGCUACUCAUAACAUAAGUUUAAUCAAGAAUGGUAGGCCUUCCUCCAUCUUUUGUCAGUCCGAAGAUAAGGAGUCAAGAACUACAAAAACCUUUUCCCAGAUACUAUAUUUCGUUGAUAAUCGAUAUCGCGGUCUUCAUACUGGUGACAGUGAUUUUAGUCGUCUUGUUUGUGCUUGUGAAGGGUAUUCCAGAGUUUUUAAAGCAACAUUCCUACUUGGUGUUUACCAUAAUGUUAGUCGUCACCAUUUUAUUUCUUGUUUUUGCAUUCGUGAUGAAAAUUCGGUCGAAUAUUAUCAUCGUUCGUAUAAUGCUUUGGAUUAUAGUCAUUUUGUGGUCUGUGGUCUUUGCCACUGUGAUCGGAUCUAUUGAGUGGAAAUGUGCUCUGAUAUCAUUGGCUGUAACGAUUAUGGCUACAGUGGUGAUUGCCUUAUUGGCUUUCAACCUGCCUCCAUUGAGUGAAAAGGGGUUCAUCUUCUUCUGUACUAUAUCAGGGCUACUUGGAGUUUCAGCUAUCGUUGCAAGGAUUUGGAAUUACUGGACCACUGAAUCAAAUACUGUACUCUGCAUACUGACAGCAGUUUCAGUCGGAUUAGUUAUACUCUCUGUGAUGUUCAUUUGUGUCAAUAUCGCAGGAUGGAUAAUGAGGUGGUUUGCUCCCGAC